AUGAAUCCCAACGACACCUCAACUGCCUUGUGGCAGGAGGCGCGGAAUACCGAUGGACGCGUGUACUAUUACAAUGUGCAGACCAAAGCGACCCAAUGGACAAAGCCGCAAGAAUUGAUGACCGCGGUCGAGAUUGCGCUAGAAAAUCAGCCUUGGAGGGAACACACUGCAGCUGACGGGCGCAAGUACUGGUAUCACGCGCAAACUAAGGCCAGCAGAUGGGAUAUGCCCGAGGAAUACCAGAAUGCCCUUGCACAAGCGCCGGCUCCUCCAGCAGCCCCAGUCGCUGGUUCAUCCUAUGUCGCAGGUGGUUCAAGCUACGCCCCGCAGUCUCAACACCGGGACCGUGACGACUACGACCGAGGCGAGCGAGGUGAACGUGGUGAUCGUGGAUACAGUGACCGGCGCAUUGGAUACGGCUCUUAUGACAACAAUCCCGCAGUCGCCGCUCCCGAAUUCAAGGCACAAACUGAUCCCGACUACAAUUCUCUCGAGGAAGCUGAGAGCGCAUUCAUGAAGCUGCUCAAGCGACACAAUGUCCAGCCUGAUUGGACGUGGGAGGAGACAAUGCGCGCUACCAUCAAAGACCCCCAAUACCGUGCUCUGAAAGACCCGCGAGACCGGAAGGCAGCAUUUGAGAAAUACGCGGUCGACGUUCGCAUGCAGGAAAAGGACCGAGCGAAGGAAAGAUUCGCGAAGCUCCGCGCCGAUUUCAACACCAUGCUGAAGCGUCAUCCCGAAAUCAAGCACUACAGUCGCUGGAAGACUAUUCGUCCCAUCAUUGAAGGCGAGACCACUUUCCGCGCUACCGACGAUGAAAACGAGAGACGCCAACUCUUCGAGGAAUAUCUUCUUCAAGCGAAGAAGACUCAUGUUGAACAGGAGGCUGUCACUCGAAAGGCCGCUAUGGAUGAGCUGGUCAACAUCCUCGGCUCGCUGGACUUGGAGCCGUACACACGGUGGUCCGAGGCGCAUGCUAUUAUUCAGUCUGAUGACAAGUUCCAGGGUGAUGACAAGUUCAAGACCUUAAGCAAAUCUGACAUUCUGACCGCCUUUGAAAACCACAUCAAGUCCUUAGAACGCGCAUUUAACGAUGCGCGCCAGCAGCACAAGGCCGCGAGAGCCCGAAAGGAGCGCAAGGGCCGAGAGCAGUUCCUGGAGCUGCUCAAAGAGCUCAGAUCUCAAGGAAAAAUCAAGGCAGGCAGCAAGUGGAUGAACAUCUGUCCGCUGGUUCAAGAUGACCCCAGGUAUCACGGUAUUCUUGGACAAUCUGGAUCGACCCCUCUUGACCUCUUCUGGGAUAUGGUUGAAGAAGAGGAGCGGUCGUUGCGUGGUCCCCGAAAUGAUGUUCUGGAUGUCCUCGAUGAUAAACGAUUCGAAGUCAACACUGAAACAUCGUUCGACGAAUUCAACGCCAUUAUGACUGCUGACCGCCGCACCUCUAAACUCGAUUCCGAUAUCCUCAAUCUUAUUUUCCAGCGUAUUCAGGACAAGGCAGCUCGCCGCAAUGAAGAAGAGAAGCAUGCUGCAGACCGCCACCAACGCCGUGCCGCAGAUGCCCUGCGUUUUCGAAUUAAGCGCCUGGAGCCACCUGUCCGGGUGACUGAUACCUGGAGCGAAGUCCAACCUCGCCUUGAGAAAUAUGAAGAAUACAAAGCCGUUGAAUCGGAUGAGCUUCGAGAAGCUGCCUUUGACAAGACAAUUCGCCGCAUGAAAGAACGCGACGAAGACGCAGAGAAGGACCGUGAACACGCCCAAAGCCGUGGGAGUCGACGGGAUUACGAUCGCGAUCGUGACUACCGAAGCGGUCGAGGAGAAAGACGUGGACCAAGUGGACGAGUCAGCCGAACCCCAGAACUCGACGCAUACGAAGCAGACCGCCGCAAGGCCCAAGCAGACCGUGAGCGAACCUAUCGCAAGGUCAGUGGGAUCUCCCCGUCCCGUGACCGCCGCGAUGAACGCAGUGACCGGGACCGUUACCGCUCUCGAGACCGCGACUUCGAUCGUGGUUCGCGUUCUGCCCGCGAUGCCGAUCCACGUGAGGACCAGCGCGAGCGUCUUUACCGCACCCGAGGUGACCCCCGUGGUGGGCGUGAUGAACUUGACUAUGGUGGCGGCGGCGAUACUCGCAGUGUGGCCAGCGGAGACCGUCGACGCCGUCGCGACAGUGAUUCUGAGAGCGUUGCUAGCCGGUCUGCGAAGCGCUAUCGUCGUGAUAGCCGUGAGCGGGAACGUAGCAGGGGCUCUCGGGCUCCUCGUCGAGAGCAAUCCGCCAUUCCUGAAGAGGGAGAAGAUACAAAGCAAGAUGCCAAGCAGGAUACCAAGCAAGAUGAGAAGGCUAUCCAUUCUGGCAGUGAAGAAGGCGAGAUUGAAGAAGAGGAGUAA